CGUUUGCAGUCGUGCAGGGAACGUGUGGGAACGGAACGUACAUAGCAGAAACGGUAAAAGGGCUUUAGCUGAGCGGAGCACGCCUUUGAGCCAAGCUAAGCUGCGCUUUUUCUUUGGGUGUGACUCGUCAGUGCGACGAGAACGCGUGAGCGGCCAACACGUAUGAGACGCGUUGUGCGCUGACUCAACUAAAAUCAGUUAAAAGAACAGCAAUAGCAAAAACAAUCACGACGCAACAACUCAAGUGUGAAUUGCUAUUGAGGUUAUGUAAGCGGCAAGCAAACUUAACGUUAACGCAAACGCAAAGCAAAGCAAAAGCAAAAGCAAAAGCAACAGCAAAUCUUAGUCGCUUUGCCAAGCAAAACACGUUCAUUGAAAACAAUUUGAAACUCGCGUUAGCCUCGCACACAACUCGCACAUUCCCACAUUCCUAAGGCAAUGGAGCACGAGGCCACAGCGCAGGCGCAGGCGCAGACGUCAGCGUCGACGUCAACGUCAGCGUCGAUGCCAACGCAUCCAUUGCAGGAUGUUCCACUGAAUGGGAACAACAACGAUGGGCCUGCAGCUGAUGACGUACAACUGACGCCCAAAAAUUGGGUUAAAUUCGACGACGAGACGGACAGCAGUAAAACAAAUAAUAACAGUAACAGUGGCGAUGCCCCACAGCAACAGCAACAAAACAAGUUGGCGCUGCCGCCACCGCCGCCGUCCGUGGUGAGCAGCAACAACAAGAGACGUGCGCGCUCGCGCAGUCCGAACGACCAGUCAGCAGCAACUCCAAUACCUGCGCAGCGUGCUGCAGUUUCCUCCACAACAGCUGCCACAUCAUCGUCGUCGUCAUCGUCGUUGCCGGAUGUGACGCCCGCUGUUUUGACAACUGAGAGCACGCACGUUAAUCUCAAUGCAUCCGGCAGUGGCAGUGGCAGUGGCACCAGCAGCAGCAGUCCCUCUCGUCACCCACAGCAGCUAAUAAACCAAAAAGCAACUGCAACAUCGACCACAUCGGCCGCAUCAACCUCAACAUCAGUCUCAGCCUCAGUCCCAUCCACGUCAACGCCGGCUGGUUCAUCCCACUCCUCGUCCACUCAUCCAAAUGGCAGUGGCACCAACAACGGCAAGAGCAUCAGCAUUCCGAUGGAUCAGGCAGCUGGAAUGCGCACAAUUGAACUAUCAACGGGACGCAUACGCGAAGGUUUUGCUAACGGAGAUGUGAUUGUCACACUGCUGCCGGCCAACACGAAAUGGCCUUGGAUAACUCCGGCGAUAUUUCGACCCGAGCUCGUACCGGAGGAGUUGAUGGCGCAGGGAUUGACGCUAACUGUGGAGGACUAUGUGAAUGCAAUGGAGACGUUGGUCAAUGACUAUCGCUUCACAGUGUACAAUAUUUGCUAUAAGCGUAUCCUUGUCUGCUGGAUUCUCUUCGCCUUUGCCGUGCUGCUGGCGUUGCUCUUCUCUGGAUUGCAGGGCGUGGCACUGUUCGCUCUCGGAGUGGGUUGGUUGUUCCUCAAUGCGUCGGCCAUAUUUCUGUGCAUGUGGGUGAAGUUGCGGUUGUCACGCGGAUUGGAGAAGUGUCUGGCGCGGGUGAACAAACAGCUGAUGAGGCACAAGAUUCUGCUGGUGCUCGACGAUCGAGGACGCAUUUCGUGCCACAAGGUCAACUUGUGUUUCAUGUACUUCGAUGCCACCCAGUGUGUGAGCUUUCUGAAUGAAUUCCUGGAGCACACGGAGCAAAAUGGCGGCGAAGCCAUCAAGGCAGGCUGGGAGGCGAAAUUGGACAUCGAUGUGAAUGAUAUUGUCAUCCAGGGCAGUCAGCCAGUGCGUCUCUCUCGCAAGCAGGAACGCGGUCUUCAGCUGUUCCUUCGCUAUGGAUCCCGCUGGGGCAUGGAGGCAUUACGCGGUUUGGUCGAUGUAACGCCUUUGGAGCCGGGUCGCCAUUGUGGCCAAUUUCAGUGCCCCUGCCAGUAUAUUAAGGAGCAUUUGCAGUGCAAACCCCGAGAUGUUAGUCCAUAGUCAAGGUAAAAUUGGUAGUUUUUGGUAUGAAUGUGUGUCAGCUAAUUCCUUUUUCAUACAUAUACUACAUUAUUUUUCUGUAUAACUAUUCAAAAAAUUAUUUUAUUAGUUUAGUUACUUAAUAUCUUGUUCCAUGAUAUUUCUUUUUAUGCCAAUCCUCAACGAAUUACACAACAAUUACAGUUGCCAUAAACAGCAUGGGCCAAGUAGUUUGGACACGUUUUCCCCUUUUCGGUGGCUAAUGCUUUUUUUUUUUUAAAAAAUAAAUAAAAAUAAUGAAUUAACAAAAUUCCGUUUUGGAGAAAUUAUUAAAAACUCAUAUUCACUAAGCAAUUUAGAUUUUGCAAUUUCUUCAAUAAAUUUAUAACAAAAUUGUAUAAUGUUUUGUAAAUGUCCUUAACGAAUUUAAAGUGUAUGCAUUUUUCUGGUGUUAUUUUAAAUAAAUAUAUCUUAUUUAUGUCAU